AUGCCGCUGGAAAUCGUAACAUCCCCUCUGCGAUCCUGGGAGAGCGGCAUCGCCAUACUUAGUGGCAGGUCGGCAACGAGGCCUCUCGCAUGGCCUGAACCAGAGCUGUCUGUCGGCCGCUUCAUAGGCAAGGUCGGCAAGGAACUAUGCUGGGUGGCCAAAGGCCCGGCGAGAGACGCAUUCGCGGCGCUGGCUCCAAAGAUUAAAGCCUACCUCGAGAGGUCGGUCGAACCAGUAUCGAGCUGGGUUACAUGGUCUAUCUAUAUGUUCGGUAAGUCGGCAAACAGUGCCAGCCCAGCCAUCCUGUUUUGCUGCGAAGUCGUUGCGCAUCGCAAACAGGUGAGAAAUGCAAUUAAAGACAGUGGCAUUCUCGACGAAUUCCCCGGUGUUAAGACGGCCCACAUGCCUCGACCGCCCGACUUCAAUCAGCUCGUUCAAUUGGCAGAUGAUAGCAUGGCGUUGUCAUCUGAUCAUCGACCUGUCCUUGCGUCCCUUGCGAGCAACCCAUGCGGGAUGCCGUUGUUCGUUGAACGAAGCAUAGACGACGGAACUUGUUACAAACAAGCUACCGUCGGUGGCAUCAUCCAGCUGUCGGACAAAUUCUACUACACCACAGCGGGUCAUGUGCUCAGCUCCGACACAGCCCCGAGCUACAUGGAGGGCGAAGUCAGCGACGACGAAUUUGAGAUUGACGACGACGAUGAUGAGGUGAACGAAGUGGACGAAGUGGCAUCGACGGCUUAUGAGAAAACGUGGUUGGCACAAGCCAACGACGCCGCCAUGAGCCCACGGUACGCAAGUUCGACCGAGAGCAAGAUGCUCCAGCCACCAUUCUCGCCGAGCAUACAAGAUAUGCAAGCAACACAGGAGGGGUCGAAAUGCAAGAGCCGUCGGGUUCACGAGAAAGGACCUUUACUGAACACUUUCCCGCCUCCACAGCGUCUAGGACACGUCUAUCUGUCCUCUCUCGACGAGCCACAGUCUGGUCUCGACUACGCCCUGAUCGAGGUGACCAGGCCCAUCCACUGCACCGCCAACAAAAUCGCCCCUUCCUCCUUUUCUGCAAAGGGCGAGGCUAAGAUCCAGCGCGUCGUCACAGACGGCCCCAAGGACGUUAAGAUCCUGAGCUCCACCUCGAGAGGAACACUUACAGGAGUCAUGUCAGGUACUCCCCUGUACGCCUGCCUCCCCAACAGCAGUCUGUACCAGGACGUCUACAACGUCCUCUUGGACUCGCGGCUAGAAGCCGGGGACUGUGGCUCCUGGAUCAUUGACGCCGAGUCUGGGAACUUGUAUGGACAUAUUGUGGCCGGGUCCCCGGAUUCGGGUGCUGCAAUUGUGAUGCCUUUUGCACGCGUAUUCGAAGACAUAGAAGCGCGAGUAAAGCAUCACCCUCAUCUGCCCCUCACCGGGGGCGCAUUGCUGUACAACUUUGAUGAAAAACUAGACCUUGCUACGCAUCUGCAACAUACAAAGUCCGCCACGGCAUCCUCUUCUAAACCACCAUCGGAGUACAGCCAAGAGUGGAUCCGCGAUAUGGGAAGCCGAUUUGCGAGCCAGUGGCGGAUCAAACUACUGGAUGAACUGAAACUAUCACGGACUGGCCGCCAAGCUACUAUUGAACAAGCAGUUUCGUCUACUGAGGAUGAAUCAACUCCGCCCUACAGUCCGCCUGGAGAGGAAGAGUCGGCUCCGCGGUACACUGCAACUGACACUGGAAAAGCAUUGCUGCCGCCCCAAAAUCGGAGACUAGUGCGAACGCCGCUGUUCCCCCAGCUUCCGAAUGUAAACGACCGGAAGUCCCAGAAGUUCCGCAACCUUCUGAUAUCCCUCUCCUUGACGCCAACGAAGUACGAGAACCCAGGAUUACUCGACGAUGCUCUGACCAGCAUCCCGUUAGAGAGACUCUACAGCGAAGCUGAAGAAGAGAGCAUGAUAUUCCAGGCCCAAGCAGAAUCAUGUGGCGAUGGACGGCGGCCUGAGUGGGGCUACAGUGACUGCAUCAUCCGGGCAAUGAUGCGAUGGUUCAAUCGCUCGUUUUUCACUUUCGUGACCAAUCCACCAUGUUCGAAAUGUUUGUCUCCAACCAUUAAUCUAGGGUUCACUGCGCCAAGCCCGGAAGAGUCAGCUUGCGAGGCUUUGCGUGUCGAGCUCUACAGAUGCUCAAGGGACGACUGCCUAGCAUACGAGCGAUUCCCCCGAUAUGGAGACGCUUGGAGACUACUUCAGACCAGAAGAGGGCGAUCUGGCGAGUGGGUGAACUGCUUUACGAUGCUCUGCCGGGCCAUGGGCGCCAGGGCACGGUGGGUAUGGAACAGCGAGGACCACGUGUGGACCGAGGUGUACUCGGAACACAGGAAGAGAUGGGUUCACAUUGAUCCAUGCGAGGAAGUUUUUGAUCACCCAACCCUAUACAGCGAAGGCUGGGGGAAGAAAAUGGCAUAUGCUAUAGCCUUCUCUAUUGAAGGCGCUACGGAUGUCACGCGACGAUAUGUUCGCAAGGCGGAGCAUGCGGCGGAGCGAAACCGUUGUCCAGAAGCCGUCCUGCUGUACAUCAUGGAUGAAAUCAAAAGCCUCCGCCGCCAAAAUAUGAGUAAGGAGAGGAAAGUCCGACUGGAAGAGGAGGACAAAUGCGAACAGCGGGAACUCAACGCCUAUGUUGUUUCAAGUGUCACCGCCGACUUCAUGGCCACGGGAUGGGCUCAUGGUGAGGAUUCGUCACAAUUGCUCAAGUCGCUGGGAGAGACGGCCAAGCACAGUCAGAAGCAGGGGAGCGGAGGAGUAGAAGAGGGACCUUUGGUUAUCCCUUAGGUCGACAAAUGCUCAAGUACGCUGUAUUGACAUGGGAUACCACGUCUUUGUACGAGCUCAGGGGGGGGUUUGCCAUUCAGGAGCAUAUUGUGAGAU